AUGAAUGGUCCAUCAACAGUAAAUCAUUCGACACAAAAUAAUGAACAAUUAAUUGGAAAGUUUCAUGUUGUCAAUGUUGAUAAAUUAGCAACGAAUCCAAUUAAUAACCAUGAUGAAACAACUACUAUUGUUGGUCAAACACCAAUACCCCCACCAGCAGCAUCAUCAUCAUCUACAACAACGACAACUACCGAUGAAUCCGUAUGUCCAUCACGUUUUCAAAUGAUUCGUGUUGAUAGAAAUUUUGUACGUGGUCGUUGGAAAGUAAAUGAUUAUGAACCACCUGAAAAUAUUGCAACUAUAAAUAAUCCACCGGUGAUGAAUUCUAUUGAAAAUGAACCUGUAAACAAUUCCAAUACAUCAACUAUACCAACAUCAGCACCAAUAACAACUAUACAAUCUAAUAUACCACAAAAUAUACCUGCUGAUUCAAAUGCUACUUCAUCAGCAACACUUGCUGCAACAGCUGCUGGAGCUGCUGCUGCAGCUGCAACUGCUUUUCAACAUCAGCAACAACGAUUAGCAAUGAAUAAUGCAGCAACAGUUGUACCAACAGCAAAUGUUCCUCCACCAGCUGGUCUUCUUUCUGCUUAUCCACCGACAGCAUUAUCUAAUAUGGGAGCACCAAAUCAAGCUUAUAUCUUACCAAGUCAUCCACAGUUUGGUUAUUAUCAAAUUUUGCUACCACCUUAUUCACCAUAUGCUGCUCAAUGGGCUGCUUUAGCUGCUACAAAUUCUUUUCUACCUCCAACAAUGCCGCCACCACAACAACAAACAUCUCAAUUACCAACUGGAAAUCUCGGUGAACCUAUACGACUUACAGAUGCAGUUACAGAUGGAACUAGUGAAAAUCCCGUGAUCUCUUCUAAUCUAUUUCCAAAUCCGACUACUGAUCACCUACAAAAUGCUCAAAUGGCUGCAGCAUCUACUCCACAAUUUAUAUAUGCUGCUCAGCUUCCUCAUUCAACAUAUGUUUCACAAGCACCACCGAAUGCUGCUUCGCCUUAUGCAACUAUACCAGCUUAUCAUUCUGCUGCACAACCAUCAACAAUUAUUCCAUCAACAGUACGACCAACAUCACUCGCUCAACUUAUUCCAAAUAAUAUUACUGAUAUACAACAACAACAACAGCAACAACAACAACAACAUCAACAACCACAAAUAUAUUUUCAUCAAGUACUACCUAUACAACAUCAUCAACAUCAACAACAACAACAACAAGCACCAACUCUUACUUCACCCAAACAUGAUACAGCAUCAACAAAAACUUCUAUUCAACCGCCAAAUAUACCGAAAGCAACGACUACAGCAACAACAACAUUACCAGCCAAACUUUUAACAACAAAUGCAAAUGGUACUAAUACUGAUAUAUUAAAAACAACGAUAGCACAAAUAAAUCAAACAAAACCUGUAACAAUAAUAAGCAAUAAUGCUAAUACUGAUACAUUAAAAACAAUAACAGCAACAAAUCCGACAUAUAUAACUGAUUUAUUAUCAACAUCACCAUCAUUACCAAAUGUUCAACAACAAUCACGAGCAUUUAUGUCUCCUAUAACAAUUCAAACAAAUAAUCCAAGUAAUAUGAAUAGUCCAAAUAAAGCACCAACAGCUUCAUUAAACGAUAUAUGGUCAUAUACAACAUCUGGUCCACCAUUAAAUCUAACUCAAACAGCUGCACAAACUGCUGCUGUUACAGCUGUUGCUGCAAUGGGCUUAUUAAAUAGUGAGAAUAGUCAAAAUACUGAAAUAGCUAAUGAGAUUCUCAAAGAAUUAACAACACCAACAAAACAAAACAAGUAA